UGCCUGCCACAGGGAGAGAGAGGGGGAGUAGAGAGAGAGAGAGGGGGGAGUAGAGACUCUGCUGGGAACUACAUGGUGCUCAAUUUUUCAAGAUGUCGUCGCUGGAGCAGAGGCUGUCGCGAAUCGAGGAGAAGCUCAAGCUGGAGAAUGAAGAAGCUCGCCGGAGGAUCGACCUGAACAUCGACAUGAGCCCGCAGCGGUCACGUCCCAGGCCCAUCAUCGUGAUCCAGCUCAGUCCUGCUCCAGCCCCUUCCCAGCGUGCAGCGCUCCAGCUGCCACUGGCCAACGACGGAGGCAGCCGGUCAUCGUCUUCAGAGAGCUCGCCUCAGCACCACCCCUACCCCAGCCGCCCGCGACACAUGCUCACCCUGCCCACACCCCCGUACGGCCUACAGAAGAGUCUAGAGAAUGCAGAGAUUAAUCAGAAACUGCAGGAGAUCAUGAAACAGACUGGUUAUCUGAAGAUUGACGGUCAGCGGUAUCCAGCCGAGGUGACAGACCUGAUUAGUGAGGGGGAGAUCGGCAGUGGGACCUGCGGACAGGUUUUCAAAGUACGAUUCAAGAAGACGGGCCAUGUCAUCGCUGUCAAACAAAUGCGUCGUACAGGAAACAGAGAUGAGAACAAGAGGAUUCUGAUGGACCUGGACGUGGUGCUGAAAAGUCACGACUGCCCUUAUAUCAUCCAAUGCUACGGCGCCAUAGUUACCAACACGGAUGUUUUCAUUGCCAUGGAGCUAAUGGGAACAUGUGCGGAGAAGCUGAAGAAGAGAAUCCAGGGCCCCAUCCCAGAGCGAAUUCUAGGAAAGAUGACAGUUGCAAUAGUAAAAGCGUUACAGUACCUAAAAGAGAAACACGGUGUCAUUCACCGGGACGUCAAACCCUCCAACAUCCUGCUGGAUGAUAAAGGUCAGAUCAAACUUUGUGAUUUCGGCAUCAGUGGACGCCUCGUCGACUCCAAGGCCAAGACCCGCAGUGCUGGCUGUGCCGCCUACAUGGCGCCAGAGAGAAUAGACCCUCCAGAUCCAACCAAACCUGACUAUGACAUCCGAGCAGAUGUGUGGAGUCUUGGCAUCUCUCUGGUGGAGCUGGCUACAGGACAGUUUCCCUACAAGAACUGCAAGACAGACUUCGAGGUUCUGACCAAAGUGCUGCAGGAAGAUCCUCCUCUGCUGCCUCUCGGCAUGGGCUUCUCCCUCGACUUCCAGGCCUUCGUCAAAGACUGCCUCACAAAGGAUCACAGAAAAAGGCCAAAAUAUCACCAGCUGCUGGAGCUGAGUUUCAUCCAGCGUUACGAGGUGCUGGAGGUGGACGUGGCUGGUUGGUUUCAGACGGUGAUGGAGUGCACCGAGUCGCCUCGCAGCAGCCAGUGUUACAGCCAUCAACACCAGCUCCACUCGCUCUUCAGUAGGUAGCCUAGCCCGACGUUAGCUUAGCCAUACGCUAGUCUAGCCUAGCUUUAGCUUUGCCAAGCCCAGACUCAAGUCUGUCCUAGUCUAGUCCAGCGUCAUCAGCUAAGCCUAGCGUUAGACCCAGCCCACCAGUCCAUCUGUCCACCGGAGAGCCUGGAGAAGAGGAGGAAGCAACGGAGGACUCUGGAUGGACAGAUGGACAAAGAGAUGGAAUGAAGGAUGGAUAGACGACACAGGUGGUUCUCUUUGUAACGACAUCAUAUCUGGACAGGCAGACACGGGGAGGAGGGAGCAGAAAAGGGCCCGACACUGUAGUUAGCUUCUUUUAUGUACCCACUGUUACGUCUCGUUACACUAUGUCUCUCACACACACACACACUUAAAUGCAAACAUGUGUGUGUCUUUUAUGUGUUUAUACAUUUCCUACACUUGUCAUUAGUCUGUCACCUACACGUCUGUCUCCAGCAUUGAUCCAAGCCAUUGGAUUAGUAAACAGCGUAGUCUCUACACACUGGAACAAAGCAUCUGCUACAUUAGCACUCACGGGUCACUCUUGUACAUAAACGUUAAGGAGGACACCGCAGUGCAAUUAUGGCUCUUCAGGUGUUUCUACUAUCACACACUCUCAGGCUGUAUCUGUGUGUGUUUGUGUCUGUGAGUGAGCAUUUCCAUGUAUGUGUGUGUGCGUGUGUGAGAGAUAUCCUGACACAGUCACUGGUUGUUUUUAUAAGAUUAUAUUUGCUAGUCAUUUAUUCAUCUUCACACUACAGCCCUAACACAUUCACCUGUAGGCUCAUUUUUAACACAUAACAAUAGUAAUUCUUAUUAACUGUGCUAUGAAAGAUGUUUAGAAUCAUCAUCAUUGUAUUUAGCUGCAUAAUUGGAAAAAACACAACGAAAAAGACUCACAAAAAAAUUAGUGUUGCAUUCCAGUUUUGCUUUGUGUUCGUUUGUGAGUUAGAAGAACUUAAAGAGAUAUGGAGGGAUAUUUAAAAGAGAGAAGAGGAUGUGGAGAGGGUAGAGUCCAACUCUUUUUAGAAGUGCUGGAGAAAAAAAUGAGGGUGGGAGAUGUACGCUCGUCGAUUACCAUUUGAAGGAAUGAAUAUUUGUUACUGGUGCAAGAAAGUAGAGAGAGGUUGGAGGUAGUGUAGAAGUGCAUUUUGAUUGAGAAGGCAUUCGGACAAGAGCGUAUCUUGUACAAAGGAUCUAAAUGGAGCAGAUCUUAUAACCUGUGGAGUAUUUCUUGACUUCACUCCCUGUUUGUCUACCUCUUCCUCUUUGUCCACCUCUCUGCCUGCCUCUGCUGUUUAGAGUAUUGUACUGCUCCACAGUGUUUUCAGACCAAAGGCUGCGCGUAGCUUGUUGCUGGUGGAGGCCGAGAGAUUUAGACCUGACAUUAUGCAACCUCACAGACACAGUCUGAGACAGAAUAUUUUGGUGUUUUUUGCAGAGCAGGGGAUUCAGUUAACCGGCCCAGGUUAAGAAUUGAUUGUUAAACACCACCAAUUUAUCAUGGGUUUUUUUGUUUUAUCCUUUCCCUGAGUUUCUUGUGUGUGUCAGUCUCUCACUGUAGGCCUAUGGUUUGUUUUCCCUCUCUUUUUCUUAGUGUUGGAAAAUAGUUAAAAAUGUAAAGUUCUACAGAUUCUCAGGGUCAUAAUUGUUUGUUUGUUGUUUCUCCCCCUGGACAAACGAUCAGAAAUCCAAUCAGUUAUUUUGUGUAAACUUGCUCAUUAACAAACAAGAUAACCAACAAACAAAUGGACUGGGUGGAGGUAAUUGUUAUCAAAAUAAUUUCAGUUUUCUGUUGAUCACCUAAACUGAUUGAUCAAGCUAUGGAUACAUACCUACUAUUAGCUGAGAUUUACAGCUCUCAGAUUUAGCAUAGUGUACUUGACUCUGGCAUGGACACUGAAUCUGAAGAAUUGAACUGAACUGGUUAACGUAACUUCAGAGCACUGGUUUACAGAGACUGACUGACUAGAGUCCUACUGCCUCCCCUGGUACAGGGCCAUAGCCAAAGCCUGCUAAAUGUGCAGACUCCAACCUCCUACCCCCCCAUCAUGCACCAAACCAAAUCACUGCCACACACAGAGACCUGAGGAGCGCCGUUGAUCGAGACAGGAAACUGUAAAGUGACAGAGAGAGGAUGAGAGAUGCAGGAAUGUUGUCAAGAUGGCAGAAGAGAUGAGUGGAAAUGAAAGGACAGGAAAACGAGCGGAGAGGACAGAGUGAGGUGAGAAGGAAGAUGGGGAGUAUUACGAAAGUGGAAAGGGAUGUUAAAGAAAAGUCUGAAACAGGCUGGAGUUGGAAGACAGGAAGUAAGAGUUUGAAAAUGGAGACAGGAAACGGGGAAGGAAAACAUCAGGCUGAGUUUCACAGGGCGGCUGAGCUCUGAGGCCAGCUGGAUUUUGUAAAAAGCUUUCAUUGUGUUACACCAACCUACCAAUUUUGAUGCUAGUGAGUAAGUUACCUUCUUGUGUUUAUGAUGUUCUGUUGAAACAAUUUUAUUUAUUACAUUGCUACUGCUGCUAUGUUUUAUUGCUUUAGACGCUGCUGUCACCUCUUUUCCCCAAAGCAUAAAUACUUUAUAAAUUUUUCUUUCAAGCCAAAUAAAUGAAAUAAUGCAAAGUCUACACGUGUUACCAAAUACUGAAGAGCAAGUGUGAAGAGGGCAAGUGAGAGGUUGUGAGAUGGAUUAGAAGAGAAAGUGCUGGGAGGUUAGCUUCACAAGACAAACUAACACACACAUUAUAAACACACACCUCACCUCAGAUGUAGCUUUGUGUGUCAUGGUAGUAGUUGAUUGUCUGUAUCCCAUCGUCACGCUACAUGUCUGUACAGUGUAGAUAUGAUUAGAGGGGAUGUCUGUCUGUCCGGAUGCUCUGUCAAGUCCAUCCAUCCCUCUGUCUGUCCACAGGUCGCCUGCAAGCUUGACAACCUUGACAGUUCACACCAAAGGUGUCCACAACUCAACAAAAAUACGAAAGCGUUGUUGUUAUUGUUAUGACUAUUGUUAUUGACAUUAUAAUUGAUUACUCUCAGCUAUGAUUAUAUAUAUGAAAUCUCUCUAUAGCUAGUGGGAGAGGGGGGGGUGGGGGUGCUGUAGUAUAGCAGUACUGUGUGUGUGUGUGUGUGUGUGUGUGUGUCUGUGUGUCUGUGUCAUAUACUGUACAGGGGGAGACUGGAGCGCUAACACACGCCAAGGGCCAAGCAAUAAAAGCAGCCAACUCAUCUCUCUGCUCAGUGAGUGAUACUAGCCACUGACCUGUGUCAGGAAGUAAGACUAGACUAGCACCCGGGCCACACUGGAUGCGUGAGCGACACGUGCACGUCACAGAGCAUCUUGCUUUGUUAUCAGGUUAGAGCAACCUCGUUGCCGGCGUGAGACGCACCCGAGACACGCUGCUCUUCUAGAGAGUCAGUCUUCUCUAUUGUCUCCACAUACCAUGCACGGUUCACAGCAAAAUGAUCUUUUCACCACAGUUUCAAUGUUUAUGUCACAAACAAUAAUAUUUGCAACACUUCCUGUGCCUGUUGAAAAGGAAAGCACUCAAGCAUAUGACUGAAUCAAUUCAUCUGAUUUAACAAGGUUUUUAUUGUUAGUGCAGGACUGGAGGAUGCACAGCCUCAAACCGUAGUGUCCUGGCAUUUAGUUGUGUGUGUAUAUAGCCAAAUACAGAAACAUACCAGAAACCUCAUGUAGCAGCUUCACAGCGAACACGCUCCCAGUGCCGCCCGGAUGUUAGGCUAGCUCUCUUUUAGGAGUGCUCAGCUACAAGCCAAUCAAAUGUUAUAGAAUCAGAAAAAAACUACUAUACGAUAUCAUCACACUCUUUUUAGAGAGCAACUCUGGCAAUUCAAUAUUUUCUGUCCCUAAAAGACAGAUUCUUUUUUACAAUGGCCCCAUUUGAAGCUUUACAGGCAGAGACACUUUGACUGUAAGUCCCUAAGAUGGGUCAAGCUCCAAAAUCACUUGAUCCUACAUUUCCCAGAUAUAUCUCUGAUGAUUGGGCAGUCUGUUAACCUGUUAAAGUUAACCUGCUCCGAUAGCGCUCUCUGUUACCACGGAGAUUUACCCCUAAAAACCACACAUAGCUCAUGCAGCUUCGUGAUACAGGCCCCUGAGCAGAUGGGACAGAGAGUUGGCGCAACUCCGUUAGCUCAGCCUUUGACUGGUUUAAUCUGGAGGCCAGGCUGUGACCCUGGACCUGAUCUAAAGCCACGGUUUACCUUCAGCAGUGAUCGGGGCUGCUCUGCUCUCUUAAACUCUCCAUCUAACAGGGGCUGACAGUGACAGCUCACUGCUCAGCCUCCUCUAAUUCAAACUGUUAUAUAAAUCUGGAUCUGGUGCUUAGCAUCCAUCAGCUGUGCUGCGCUGGCAGCACGGCCUGAGGUUGUAUCAUUGGUGCAAUUUUAACUCUAAUCAUGCUAAGAGACGGUGCAACCCACUCUCACUGUAGUGUUCACUGUUCAGUCUCUGUCUGUGUGUCUCGGCUAAAGUGUCCUGACACAAAGAUGGACCCAGUCUCCCACUGUUGAGGUUCUCUGUUAUUAAGCUGAUGUUGUAUUUUAUUAACACACGCACACGCUCACUCGACUUUGCUGCUAGCGUGCGUUUCCAUCCAAACACCUGACUGGGCGAUGGUGCCACGCUACACCUCUGUAAAACCAAUCAACCCAGAUGUGCCUGUGACACAUCUAUGUGACUUGUGUGAGGAAACAAAUUGAUAACCAGUCUACACACAUACACCAAAUGUACAAAGUCAACCCAUUCUACACAGCAAUGCUGGCUACUGCCAACAGUGGCUUGUUGUGUAUAUUAGCUUGCUGUGUGGCCAGCGGUGUAUAAAAACAGCUAGUUCAUAGUGUGUACCUGCGCUGUGCCUUGGCACAGAACGAGAAUGUGUGUGUGUGUGAGAGUGUGCGUGUGUUGUCACCACAUCUGUAAGUAAACCAAAUAUCAUUUUCACUAUGCAGUCAUUCAAACCAUGUCAGCUUGCCUGGAUGGGGGAAAAAAGCCUCCUGUACAUACACAGAUAAACCGCAAUUAGCGAAGCCGUGUUUUGGUUUUGUUGCCCCCACCGCCCACAGCUAGCUCACAGAGAAAUGCCAGAGCGAGAGAUAUGUUUUGAAUGAACUGACAAAUACUUAAGGAUUGUACUGGGGUCGGGGAGGGAUGUGGGUUAGACUGGGGUUUGUAGUUUUUUGGGAGAUACAGAUCAAUGCUGUAAAGUAUAUCGAUUGCAUGUUAUUGUCAUGCUGUAACUGCUAUUUUGUUGUUGUUUUGUUUUGGUCGGUUGGGGCGGGGAUGCACAAAACUUUAUCCUUAUUUAUGAUUUUUACACAUAUAGUCUGUGUUUGUAGUUUUUUGCAAAAAUGUCGACUUCAUUGUGUUCUUAGGAAAAGACACACUUUUUUGCCUUUUUUUUCCUGUCAAAUUUUGCUAUAUUUGUUUUCACUUUGGACCCGUUACUAGAUGACGAAGAGGAGGAGCUGUAUCUUUAUUAGCAGACAGUGUUUGUUUGAAAAAUGUCCUUUUUCCCCUCAUUCAUGUGCCGUGUGUCUUUCUUUUCAUUUAGCAGUGUGAGCAAGCGGAGAGCGUGUGUGUGAUGUUUAUUCGUUUACCAAAAGUCUUUAUUGAUGGUGAUUAUUAUUAUUAUUAGCUUUUCAUUUUGUUUGUUGUUAUGUAGAUUUUUUUGUUUUAUGAUUACUAUUAUAACUGUUUUUAUUAUUAUAAUUUUUUAUUAUUAUUAUUAUUCAGGGCAAAGAUGACACCAAAUUGAAAAAAGAAAUUAAUGGGUGAUCCCAGACAGAGCUGAGAGCGUCUAAAGGUUUCUUUCACUGGCGGGGUGGCAUCACCAUUUUCUCACUUUACGCUGUUUUUCCACCGAAUUUAAACCGCCACGUAAAGAUAACCUCUGAACUGAAAGUCUAAUAGUAUUUUUUUAUUUUUUUUAUAUAAUUAUUAUUAUUAUAUAUUGUUUUCCUUUUGAUCAGAUAUCAUGAUCAAUUUAUUUCUUGUUACCCCGGUUAGGGUCAUAAAUCGUGUGCUGUUAUUUUAUGCUUUCCCCCUCCGUUCAUCCCUGCCCACUGCUUUUUGGAUUUUAUUUUGAGAAUUAUUAUUUUCUAUUCUUUCUGGUUUGUCUGAUGCUGUAGUAUUGAGCUGAUUGGUCUAAUACCAGAGCUUUUUUAUUUCCUUAAUGCUGAGACUGUCGUGACUGAUGUUGCACUUGUGAUGGGUUUGAUUUUGUUAUUUUCAUUUUUGUUUUGUGUUGCAGAUUUGGGGGAUUGUUGUGCAGAGAGGAGAAUAUCGGGUGUUUUCCUUAUUGACUUAGUCACAGCAGUUAUUUUAUCAAUCAUAUAGAUCUGUGGCACAGAACAAGAAAAUGAUUCAACAGUGUAUUUUUCUCACUGAUAUUUAUUUAUUGGUCAUUUGUAUGUUGUUUUUUGUUUGUUUGUUUGGUUGGUUUUUUAUGUGUAUUGCUUUUUUUAAGUGGGGGGCAAACAAGACUCACGGUAGAGGAGUGGUCUCUCUGGUUGACAUUUUACCAUUGUGUACAGAGAAGCAAAAUGUAAUCAAAGUCAUCACACUAACAUAUUUUCUAUAGAGUAACAGGUGAGAAUAGAAACCUGCUUCACAUUAAGAUGCACCGUUUCCAUUAUCACCCUCUGAGAUGGUCUGACACAAAGCGCUGAUGGUUUCAAACCACAGCGCGGUGUGUUUGAACUCUGUAUUGUUUGAAACUUUGAUGGUUUUUAAUCAGUAAUGAAUGAAUACCGGCUACAAAGCAGACUAUAUUUAUUUCUUUUAUUUUUUUUAAAAGGUUUAAUGUAUUUGAGCUGAUGAUAACUACUACGAUAGUGGACUGAUUGGCUUGUUAUUAACCUGCACUCCCUCUGUUAGCGAUGUGGGGCUCACCUGCUCUGACGUGUCAUUGAGGUUUGUUGCUUGGUUAUUUUAACAUGUCGUUCUCCGUCUAGAUUGCAUGAAUUUGCUAGUUAGCGGUGUGGGGGGGGGGGUCGACUUCAUUCACCGCUGUUGCAGUCCAAAAGGCUUCUCGUGCGUACGUCACCUCAGAUAUAUUGUCUCAACGGUUGUAUCAGUCCACACAGCUUUACUGCCCGUUUCUUUUAUGAAUUUUGUUUGAUUGUUUUGUUUUUGGCUGUAUUUUAUUUCCCCCCCCAGUGUCAUUUCAAACAGAAUAAAUGCCAUUAUAUUGUGAAUACCUCAGGAUUUUUUGGAGAAUAAAAACAACAAAACACUUAAAAAUAAAGUAAAUAAAAACUCAUAAAAAA